GAAGAGUAGACGGCGAUGGCGACGACGGGAGUUGCUUUACCGUUUAUUUAGUCUGAGCGAAGUAAAGUCGAAGAAGCUGCUACUCUCUGACAUUCUUAAAGAUUACGAAAAUUUAAGCACACAGAAACACAUGGAGGACGAUUCAUCACAUGAUGCUUUCAGGACAUUAAUGGAUGACCCUCCUCAGCCAUCUGAAUUGCCAUUAUCCAGCCCAUUCAGCAGCAAACCCCUGGAGCACGAAUUUUCAUGUCACUGUUGCUACAACAUCCUGGUGAACCCCACCACUUUGACCUGCGGCCAUAACUUUUGCCGCCAUUGUCUGGCUUUGUGGUGGGAAUCCUCACACAAGAAUGAAUGCCUCGAGUGCCGUGAGAAGUGGGAAGGCUUUCCUAAAAUCAACAUACUGCUGAGAGAUGCAAUUGAAAAGCUCUUCAGUGACGUUGUGCAGCGGAGGCAAGCAGAGAUCCAGGCUGAUCCGAAAAUCUUACAUAGUUUGCUGGCAUUCCAAAGAUAUGGUGAUAACUUGGGACGAUCCAGGACAAACCAGCACAAAGGAGCUGGCUUUUUCUUUUCUGGAGUCCUUGUUGCACUCACGUGUGUGACUGUGAUGGUGCUGGUGUAUCACUGGAGCACCGGUGUGGUUGAGCAGCACGAGCUGUUGAUCAGUAAACCUGUCUCUCGCUGGACGUCAGAGGAAGUUACAUCCUGGUUGGAACUUCUGGGGCCCUGGGCCCAGCUGUACAGGAACUCCUUCCAGCAGGAGAAUGUUAAUGGAAGAUUGCUGUUGAUGCUGGGGGAUGAAGAGCUUUCAAAGCCGCCUUACAACAUCGAGAAUCAGACUCAUCGACGGGCUGUUCUGGCUGAACUGGACAGACUUAAAGAAUUAGGGGUCAAACCUCCACAGAACCUCUGGGAGUACAAGGCAGCUAAUGCUGGGAAGUCUCUGUUCUUGUUGUACGCACUGAAGAACUCCCCUCGCCUCACUCUCUUCUACCUGUAUUUAUUUGACUACUCUGAAACCUUCCUGCCCUUCCUGCACACCUGCUGUCCCGCCAUCACCAUCGAUGAAUCGGUGGAGGGCAGCUUCUUCAGCACACAGCUGGAGCCCAGCUGGCAACAGUGGGCAGAGUUUCUGGUGAAGUACUUCCUGCUUCCGUACCAGCUGAUUGCAGAGUUUGCUUGGGAUUGGCUAUCAGUCCACUACUGGACGUCUCGUUUCAUUAUUGUGAACGCCAUGCUUCUGUCUGUGUUGGAAGGUUGCGCCCUGUGGAGGCUCUCGACCACAGCCAGGAUCAGGACGCUGCCGCACAUGAUGUGGAACCAUUUAUGGAAGAUGUUGUCUCAGGGGUUUGCCUUUGCUGCCUUGUGGCCUUUUGUCCCGCAGUUUGUGUGCAACUGCCUGUUCUACUGGGCUCUCUACUUCAGUCCCAUCAUUAACAUAGACCUGGUGGUGCAGCAGCUGACACGUGCAGACACACAGGCACUUUGAGGGGCUGUGUGUGGUCAGUUUGUGUUCAGGAUGGACGCUUAAACUUCCACUGGAAGAUUCCAGUCUACAUUCCACUGCUGGAUUGUGCCGAUGUGGAAUGAGAGAAGAACUGUGCUAAAUCUGAAGAUCUGCAUUUAAUGAGAGGACGUGGUCUCUACACAAGGAGCCACAUUGCCUGAAUGUUCCACGGGUUCUUCUGCACACAGGCCAGUUUGCUGGUGGUGAAGUUUAGUGCAGAAUCCAGUGAAGGAUGAUCUUUUUAUGCACUAUAAUAGGAUCCAUUCCUUUUUUCUUUUUUUUUUUGUCUUCAUGAUAUUUGAGUUAAAUGCAAGCUGCUGCUUCAGAAAACAAAGUUCUAAUGAGUGGAAAUAACCAAAUGAAGCAGUAUUAUAAACUUUAAUGCUCUUAUUCGUUGGAGCUUCCUUUUGGUUCUGGCAGAGUAUUUUCAUUGUUUGGCAACAUGACUGUAGAUGAUAUCAAAAGAUGUGACUUUAUGUUGACUGCUCAGGUUAUCAGGUUACUAUAUUAGUGAUUUGUGGGAAAAGUGACAUGCAGUUGUCUUAAAUAUAAAAAACAUAUUCCAGUAAGAGUUUGGCCAGUUCACAUAAAAAACAAACGGGUGUUCUUAAUUUCUUGGUGAAAGAUACUAAAACUGAUCUUUUAUAAUUUUAAGAAAAACAGAUUUUAUUUGCUUGUAUAAUUUUCUUUUUAAAUUAACAUUUUGUCUGUUUUUUUAGGUGGCAGAGUAAAUGAUUUUAUUUUUCCAUUGUCAUUUUGCACUUUGUUCUACACUGUGAUUUUGUUUAUCUAAUAAAGAUGGCAAAAAUAAAUAUUGAUGGAG